CAGGAUUGAGGAUGGUAUUGCUAUAGUUGGCCGGAAUAAAACCUUAAAUUGUUGACAGAAAAAAUUGCAGCUAAUUUUUCGGUAUAGUGUUUGGCAUCUAGUUUUACAUAUUUAUAAAUGAACGAAUGAAACUUAUUUAUCCUCGCAUGACGGGCAUUAACAGCUGUUAUAACACAGAUGUUCUGUUUUAUACACCUUAUAAAAACAUAUUACCUUAAAAUCAGAUUUAUAUUAUGGCUGACAGAAACAGCUACAAAAACAUUUUUAUUUUUUGCUUGUGGAAAUAAUUUCUAAAUACAGGAAAACCUGGCAUAAAACCUAUACUAAUAAAAUAGCAUUGAAUAGAAAACAAAACAUUAGCAAAAUCUUUUAUUUUAUGCUAGAAGAUCAUUCACUACAAAACCCUGUACCUAGCAACAACAUCAUACCUGUCAUGCUUGGUUAAAAUUCCUGUUGUAGUUUUAUUGCGGUUUAAAGCAAGGCAGUUAUAUACCAUAAUUUUCUUCAAUUAUUCAUAUCAUUUGAAUGGUAACUAAAGACCGCCUAUUUUAAGUUCUUAUAGCUGCCAAAGGGACAAUGUAUUGCAUUAAAUAUGCAGGAUUAAGUUGGCUGCUGUAUGGCUGGCGUAUCUUAUGUAUUUGGCAAGUCAGGGAACUUGUUUAAUACUUUAACAACAAAACUUUUUAAGUAAUAAGUUUCGGUGAUGGGUAUUUUCAGCAACCGCAAGAAUUUCAUUAUUAUUUGGUGGUUGACGUUAUUUACACCUCAUGCUCGCUGUCAAGCGCCAAAUUCAUGCCACCGGGUUUGCAUUGUAAGAUUAAUAUUGCUGAGUGUUUAUAACCAGAGUUUCAAGCUAAAGCCAGGUUGAUAGUUGGUAUAUUUGUGAGUUGGCGACAUUUUAUAUUUAACUUUUUUUUUCGAUAUAUCUGCCAAUGAAGUUCUAUGGCAGGGCACAUUAGGAGACCUUGGAUUUAGUGCAGAGUUGGCUCAUUAUACUAAUUAUUAAACUUAAUUGGGAUUUUAAAUAAAGCUGCAAAAAAGCAAAUAAAAUUGUUUUAAAUUUAACAACUUUAAAAUUCAAUUGUUUUUACCUUUUUACGUGGUUAUAAUUACUGAAAUGAUUUAUUCAAAGGUGGCACGCUUACCAAGACAAUUAGUGCAACUUAACUGAUUGUUUUCAGUUAUUUAGUUACAGGUUUCAUUUAAUAUUAAUGAGCAAAGUCAAGCAAGAUAAAAGAUUUUAAUCUCUUUUAUAAAUUAUUCUUUUCAACUUUUUCUUGAAGGUAAUUGUUCAUCAGUUUAAAAUGCAGCUUUUGUUCAAAUCGCAUCACAAUAGACUUAUAAGGUCAAAGAUAAUGUAUUGUGAUGUCACAUAGAAUAGAAAGAACUAGAACUACAGUGAAUUCUACAAAUAUUUAAAAGGCUCCUUGGGUUCGUAGGAAAAAAAAACAGAUUUCAAUUAUGAAAUUUUAAAAUAGCGAAACUUUAUCCAGGGUAAAAUCAAAAACAAAAGAUGUUUUGUCUUGUUAUGUACCAUUUAAACUUUUUAAAAAGUGUUUUAAAAUGAAAAACCUUAGUAAUGCAAGUUAAUCAUAAUUUAUUGUUUGAUAAACUGUUAAUUAAAUAAAUUGGGAAAAAACUUUUGCUUUUUUAGAUAUUGGUUUUUGCUCUAUUGUGUUUUAUCAUAAAAAUGUCGAUUGCAAAAUUAUUUCGAAGAUUUUCUCAACAAACCACCUGCCACGGGCUGUCACAAGUGACGAGCAACAACCGACGGUGUAUAAGAGUUGUUUGGUUCAUUGUAGUGGUCCUGAUGACAGGGGGACUUGUGUGGCAAGUUACCACCAAAGUAUUGGAAUAUACAAAGUAUUCAUCGAGCAUGCAACUACAUGAGGAGUUUAUGUCGGUGCUCAAGUUCCCUGCUGUUACAAUCUGUAAUUUAAACAGGUUUUUCUCCAUUAAGUCAAAGUUGGAACUUGAAGCAGUUGAUGCUUUGAUACGAGCUUCUUCCCCAUUUAAAGAUAGUGAAAACGACGAAUGGUGGUCGGCUGAGGUCCAGAAGUUUUACGAAGAUUUAGAGAAACGUGGAUCGUCCUCGUUUUAUUUGGGGGAGGAGGUUUUAUCAAAGGGAUGGAAACUUAACAGUUCAACAUUAAGACAUUGUACAUUUCAACAGAAGCCGUGCUCAUAUGAAAACUUCACCAAAGUUAUAACACCAAUGGGGAUUUGUUAUGAGUUUCGAUCACAAGAUGCAGUACAGAGCGUGCCAGGUGGUGGUCAUGGGCUUAUUGUAUAUCUGGAUAUUAUGCAGGACCAGUACAGUUCCCAUCCUGUGUAUGGCAACCCGUCAGCAGGGGUCAAGGUUCAAGUCCACGGUGUGGAAGAACCAGAAGAAGUAAAAAACUUUGGAGUGAACGUGGCUUCGGGGCAUGGGGGACAUAUUGUACUUGGUCAAGUAGAGAGAAAACUAAUGUACCCACCGUGGGGGAUAUGUUCACCUUCACUACCCAUACUCAAGUAUUAUGAUCACUACAGCACCUCUGCAUGCAAGAAAGAAUGCAGAAUCAACCAUAUGAUAUCAGCAUGCGGAUGUCGGCCAUAUUGGGCAGUGCAAGUUGUCAAUGCAAGUGAAUGUGAAGCGAGAAGAAUCCUCGAUUGUGCUGGAGCUGCUGAAGCUGACUUUGAGCGUAGCUUCACCAUGGAGAAAUGUGGAUGUGUUGAACCUUGUGAGUUCACAUCAUACGAUACUAAAGUCACAUAUUCAACUUUCCCAAGUAUUGAAGUUGGGGAGCAUUUCGCUAAUGAUCUUUAUCAUAAUGAGUGUAAGAUAUUAUUGUGUUUUCGAGCACAAGGUGUAUGA